AUGAAGACCGCCCACCCAGGGCCGGUUGACCCCAUUCCCACCGUCAUCCCUACCCCACCAGAAUACCAAUUCGCCUCCGCCACGGGCCACCGCACCCUAUGGAUAGUCUUCGUCCUAAUGGCUCUCACCUCCGCCACCCUCGCGGGCCUCUCCUGGAAAGUCCCCAUCUCGCGCCGCCUCUACCACGUCCUAGCCACGACGGCCGCCAUCAUCGGCACGCUCUCGUACUUCGCGCUAGCGACCGGCCAGGGCACGACCCUGCGCUGCACGGGUGUGCGCGACCACCACAAGCACGUGCCCGACACGCCCGCGCACGCCGUCUGCCGCGCCGUCCCCUGGGCGCGCUACGUCGACUGGACGCUGGGCACGCCGCCGCUGCUGGUGGCGCUGUGCGCGCUGGCCGGCGUCGACGGCGCGCGCACGCUGCUCGCCGUCGCCGCCGAUCUGGUGUUCAAGCUGGCCGGCCUGUUCGCGGCCCUGGGGAGGGAGCGCACGCCGCAGAGGUGGGGGUGGUACGCCAUCGCGUGGAUCGCGUACCUCGUCGUCAUCUGGCACGUCGCUGUCCAUGGCUCGAGGGCGGUUAGGGGGAGGGGUGCGGGGGUGUCGCGGACGUUUGGGUCGCUUGCGCUGUUUGCGCUGGUACUCUGGACGAUUUAUCCUAUUGUCUGGGCCAUCGCCGGUGGAGCCCGGCGGAUAAAUGUGGAUUCGGAGAUUCUCGUCUAUGCUGUUCUCGAUGUCCUCGCCAAGGCCGGCUUUGGCCUGUGGCUGGUCCUCAGCUUGCGUCGGGUGCCUGACGCGAACAUCGAGCUUGGUGGGUAUUGGACCAAUGGUUUUGCCUCCCAAGGGAGAAUCCGCAUCGGCGACGACGACGAGGGAGCGUGA